CAACAACGUCGACGACUACAAUCACGACGACAACCACAAUCACCUCCAUCGACUCAUCAUUACACCUCAACUCCAUGCCUAGAGAUCAUCCAUCUCUCUCCUACGCCAUCGAAGAUGCCUCUCUUCUCCAACCUUCCUGCUUUACGCCUGACUCUCGCCUAUGCCCUCCAUGAGCCUUCCAGUUUACUUCCACAUGCCACCAUUCCUACACUGCUCUUCCUUCCUCUACCCGUAGGUCCCUCACUGCCUGCUUGGAACAGAUCAGGCCAAAAACCCACCAUCCGCGCCCUGGUUCUGGAUAAGGACAAUACGCUGUGUCCACCUGAAACUGCCAACCUACACCAAUCCUACAUCGACAAGCUCCAAAAGAUUAAAGACAGUCCCGAGUUCUCCCAUAACCCCAAAAGUAUCCUCAUCGUCUCAAACACCGCCGGCAGUAGCUCAGCUCCCGAACAUGAAGCUGAGGCAAAACAACUGGAACUCGAAUUAGGUUUACCCGUUCUGAGACAAACCCCUGGCCGUAAGAAACCUCUGUGCGGCCCCGAUAUUCUCGCUUUUUUCAAAGAGCAUGGUGUCACUGACAACCCACGUGAAAUCGUCGUCGUGGGAGACAGACUCGCCACUGAUGUACUUGUCGCUCGUGAAAUGGGCAGCUGGAGUGUUUGGUGCCGGAAUGGAUGGAGAAAUCCAGAAAUCCCCGGCCGUGACUUCAGAGGUUUUUUCAGCAAGAUGGAGGGCCGUUUUGAGAGACUGAUGCGCGGCGGUCUGGGGAGAACUGCUCCUCUACCAAAAUGAAACUAUUCCGGACGGCUAUUCCGCCACACGUGCUAUGACUGCUUGCUCACCUCUGGUUAGCUCUAUGCUACCACGGGCCUUCGGAGGCUAUCACCACUGCUCUAGCUCUAAAGACAGUAAGCCCAGCUCUCGCCCAUUGAAAAACAACAACGAUUGCCUGUUUCCAACAUCUGGACCUCCUAGGAAGGACCUAUGAUGAUGUCAUUCAAAGUAAUGUCCAGCAGGCUGUCAAUCGUCAAACCCAAUUUCUCUCUCCAUUCCUGAGCCAAAGCCGCUGCUCGCUGCUUCUGAGCAUCGCUGAACUUCCAAUGCUUAACCACCUUUUGACCUCUCGAAGGCAUGACGAACAAUCGUCUGCGAAUCAGAUUUCGUGUCCAUUCCUGCUUCGAUGCUUCUCGGACGUUAGGCGAGGCAAAUUGCUUUCCGACUUUUACCAUGGUACUGAUCAUUCGCUCUGAAUUACCAGUGUGGACGAAGAGCUCGCCAAGUCGAAUAUGGACCCACUCCUGCCAUUUGUCUGCCUCGAAAGCAUGCAUGGUGUAACUAUCCAUCAAGUUCAACACAGCCCACUGCAUGAAGGCCAUGUCACUCUCGAAGAAUCCUCCACAAUCUGGUUGCAUCGAGACAAGAUAUUUGGCCAAAGCAGCGAUUUUUACCGCUGGCGUCCGUGUCACACCAAAAUCAGACAACUUCUUGAAUUCAUAUACUUGGUGCAGGAGGUCUUGAAGACAGGGCAGUGCGUCCUUCGUGUUUUUGCUGGUCAGCUGCCACUUGAGCAAUUCAAACUUGUUCCACACAGCUGUGAGGAACAUUUGAUUUCUUUUCAUCAUAAGUGGACUCCACCACGGCUGCCGAGCCAUUAUGUCUUCUUCUGCUCGUCUGUCUUCCCAGGCUUGUUGAAAAGUUCGCUCUGUACGUGCAUGUUCUCCAAUUUUGACC